CGGAUUCAUUUGUAUACAUAGCCAUUCCACCUUUUACAUACAUCAAAGCAGUCAAAAUGGCGUCGAGACUCGGGAGUGUGAUUGCAAGGAGACUUUCAUCUGUCCAGGGAUCCUCUGCUGUAGCAGGGGAACAUUCUGGGGGUGCAAAAAAGUGGAAGAUCCUGUCUUUCCUUGUGGCAGUACCCGGUGUUCUUGUCUGUUACGCCAAUGCGUUCCUCUUGCAAGAUCACCAUAUGAAGCCAGAUGAAUUUGUUCCAUAUGAACAUCUCCGUCUCCGAUCAAAGCGUUUCCCUUGGGGUGACGGUAACCACACCCUGUUCCACAACAAGCACAUGAACCCCUUGCCAGAUGGAUUUGAAGAGUAAUGAGUUCCAUUAUGAGGUCUGUUGAGGCUUAUGACUUGACAGCAAGAUGGCUGCCUGUGGACGGAGUAGCUUUGUGUUGAAGAGAGUUUUGGAGUUGAACGUCACUACUGUAUUUCAAUGAAACAAGAAACAUAUUUAUCUUCUGUUGACUAAAUACUGUAUGAAUAGAGAUUAAAAGUUGUGUUGAGAAAAA